UGGGCCCCGCAGCUCGGCCCGCAGCGCUGCCGCCUUGUGCUUGCAGCUGGGGGGUUUCGGGGGUCUGUUAGCAAGGGGUGUGUUGGUGUCCGGGCAGCGCUGGCAGCCACAGGCAGCUCUUGAGGGAUCUCACCUCGAGGUGGCAGCUGCUGAGCGUGGCUGUGGGGCUGCUGCUGCUCACCCUCCAAGUUAAUCCUGCCGGCCUCGGGUAGCCAAGGGCCUGCCUGGUGCUCCUCGGGUGCCUGGCGUUGCUCCACGUGUGACCUGUGCCGUGACAGAAGGACAAAUAAAAUUGACAGAAGGACAAAUAAAAUUGACAGGACCAAAUCUCACACCCUUAACUUACUGGAAGAGCGGACCUUAUGUAGUAAAAAAAUAAUAUAGUUGCUGUAUGCUAAAAACAAAGUUAGUGCUUCUAUCCAAUGCAUUUCUCUCUAUUCAAAAAAUGCUAUUUUCUACCAAGCUUUUGGGAGAAGCAACCAAGAGUUUCAGUGAACACACAUUCACGGGCAGCUUUGUGGAUAAAUCUCGGCCUGGAACACUGUCAGGCUGCUGUGCUGAGGCUGUUCUGAACAAGGCCUGCAAUGACUGCUUCCCUCUAGAGCUUCAGUCCAAUAACUCCUCCCAUUCUAGACCUUAUCUACAGUAUUUUACCCAGUGAAAUAGAACAGGCUUCUUAGAUCAUAUAAAGCAUUGAACUAUGGUUCCUUUAACAUGUAUUUUCCGAAGAGGAAACACAAAUCUUGAAAAUCAGGAAUGUGUUGGUAGACCAGUUUUAUCUACCAAAGCCUUUCAUUUUUUAAUUGUUAUGGGCCUGGUUGCCUUUCAUUCCAAAUGAACUGCUGAGCUCCUCUGUGGUAACAAACGGCUGGAACGAUGCCGUUCCUCACCCCAGUCAUGUCAGCACCCAAAUCGAAGACAGGUAAAAGGGUGCACAACCGAAGAGUCAUGUCAUUUGUGCAAAUUUGUGCGUCUGGGAAGGACAAGCAGAAAAUGGCAAGGGAGGUGACAGAGAAUGGAGAGUCCGGACCUAGGCAGAAUUCACACAGGAGGCCACAGGAGAUGUGCAGUUACCUGCAGCGGAACCAAGACCCUUGUGUAGGAACCAGAAUUCCAGGGCUAGGCACAAAUACUUCAUUAAACAAUUACUCUUGCUAUUUUUAAGGAAGCUGAAACCCUAGCUAGAUCAAUUGUGAGUCCUUUCCUGUAAAUGCUGCACGCUCCUAACAUUUUCAAUAUUUAGUGUCACAAACUAAAUCUGUGUGACAGUUGAACAGCUCUUAUUUACAAACUGAAGCGUGCUUGGUUUGUCAUAGCCUGGCCAAGCUUCUGGCAUCAUCGGGUGUUCCUUGACUGGAAUUUUUGCACCUUCUUUCUCACUAUAGUGCUUUUCACCUGUCUUCUUUUGACCUUAUUGUGUUGAUUUCAGGCCAUUUCUCUAAUUUCCCAAAUGUAUUUUACAUUUUAACCAUGCCAGAAGCCUUCCAGUCCUCUUCCUAGCAUAUCUUUCCUCUUAAUUUUCUCCUGCAGGCCUUUCUCUAGAAAGGAUUCUUCUGUAAGUGCAGGCCUAAGCACAAGUCAAUUGUCUCUUUCGAUUAAAGGAGAAGGUCUACAGGGAUGAAUAUGCCAGAGUGGCAUUAUUUUCCAGGUAGGUAAGUGUGAUUUUUUACAUACUGAUCUCAUUCUGAGCCUGAGGAGCGCACACUGGGAACCCCAGUGGGGUUGCUACCAGAGGCCCCGUAUGGGACCUGUCCCCGAGCAUCUCCAGCAGGCUCAGUGACCGUGUUGGGGCUUCUCUGCCGGGCCCCUCACCGACGGGACAGUUCUGCAGCCCACCUGCCUGUGCCGGGAGCUCGGGGAAGACCCUUUGCAGCCCUCCGGGAGCAGCAGCCCACAGGGAAGCCUCCUCUGUGGUGCCCACCUCAUUUGCAGCCGGGGCCACGGGGCGAGCAUUGCCCGCAGCAGCACGGCACUGCACGGGGAGGGAGUCGCUGCUGCCUGCCGCCUCUACCCACCGUGCCGUGCCGUUCCAAGCCGUGCCACGCCGUGCUGUGCUGUUCUGAGCCGUGCCACGCCGUGCCACGCCGUGCUGUUCCGAGCUGUGCCGUGCCGUGGCCGGCCGCUCGGUGCGGGCUGCCGGAGCUGUCCAGCCGCUCGCGCCUGCCUGCCCGCAGCUCCAGCCAUCCCCGCCAUGCGAGAGCGAUGAGAGCAGCUCCUCCAGACGCAGCCCGGCAAUGGAGGAUGAUUUAUUCCAGCUGAGACAGCUGCCGGUGGUCAAGUUUCGCCGCACUGGGGAAAGUUCAAGGUCAGAAGAGGAUGCCAUUUCAGGAGAACAUGAAAUUCAGAUUGAGGGUGUUCGGACAGAGCUAGAGGCUGUCGAGCUAGAGGAUGGAGCUGCAGUGCCAAAAGAAUUUGCCAACCCAACUGAUGAUACUUUCAUGGUGGAAGAUGCGGUGGAAGCCAUUGGAUUUGGAAAGUUCCAGUGGAAGCUCUCUGUUAUUACUGGAUUAGCAUGGAUGGCAGAUGCUAUGGAAAUGAUGAUUUUAAGUAUCCUAGCUCCUCAGCUUCAUUGUGAGUGGCGAUUACCAAGCUGGCAGGUUGCAUUGCUCACAUCGGUGGUGUUUGUGGGAAUGAUGUCCAGUUCCACCCUCUGGGGAAACAUUUCAGAUCAGUAUGGAAGGAAAACAGGGCUAAAGAUCAGUGUGUUAUGGACGCUCUAUUAUGGGAUCCUCAGUGGUUUUGCACCAGUGUACAGCUGGAUCUUGGUGCUGAGGGGCCUGGUGGGCUUUGGCAUUGGAGGAGUGCCUCAGUCGGUAACCUUAUAUGCUGAAUUCCUUCCAAUGAAAGCCAGAGCAAAAUGCAUUUUGUUAAUAGAGGUCUUCUGGGCUAUUGGGACCGUGUUUGAAGUCCUCCUAGCAGUGUUGGUGAUGCCCACUCUUGGAUGGCGGUGGCUUCUCAUUCUUUCUGCCCUUCCUCUUUUGCUCUUCGCUGUCCUGUGUUUUUGGCUGCCAGAAAGUGCCAGGUAUGAUGUAUUAUCUGGAAAUCAAGAAAAAGCAAUUGCCACUUUAAAGCGGAUAGCAACAGAAAAUGGAGCUCCAAUGCCCUUGGGAAAAUUAAUUAUUUCCAGACAGGAAGACCGAGGAAAAAUGAGGGACCUUUUUACACCACAUUUUAGAUGGACCACGUUGUUACUCUGGUUUAUAUGGUUUUCCAAUGCUUUUUCAUAUUAUGGGUUAGUUUUAUUAACUACAGAGUUCUUCCAAGCAGGAGACGUGUGCAGCAUUUCCAGUAGAAGGAAAGAAGUUAAAGCAAAGUGCAGCCUGAGCUGUGAGUAUCUGACAGAGGAAGACUACACUGAUCUGCUCUGGACAACUCUGUCAGAAUUCCCUGGUGUGUUAGUAACACUGUGGAUUAUUGAUCGGAUAGGCCGCAAGAAAACCAUGGCCCUGUCCUUUGUCUUCUCGUUUUGCAGUCUUUUGCUGUUCCUCUGUGUUGGAAGAAAUGUUCUUACUGUGCUGCUCUUCAUUGCAAGAGCUUUUAUUUCAGGAGGAUUUCAGGCUGCUUAUGUUUACACUCCUGAGGUUUAUCCAACAGCCACGCGUGCUUUGGGGCUGGGAACGUGCAGUGGAAUGGCCAGAGUGGGAGCCCUCAUAACCCCGUUCAUUGCACAGGUGAUGUUGGAAUCUUCAGUCUAUUUAACACUGGUGGUGUACAGUGGAUGUUGCCUGCUGGCCGCUGUGGCUUCGUGCUUCUUGCCCAUUGAAACAAAAGGCCGUGGACUGCAGGAGUCCAGCCACAGAGAAUGGGGACAGGAGAUGGUUGGGAGAGGAUCUCAUUCCCCGGGAGUCACCAGGUCAAACUCUGGAUCACAGGAAUGAUGGGACAUGAAAUCCUGAGGAAAGAAUGGAUGAUAUGAUCAAGAUAUGUUUCACAAAAGUCCAAGCCUGAAGCAUAGAAAGCAGACCAUACUGUCACUGCCAAUGUCAUGUGUCAAACUGCAGGAACUUUUGGGUUGAGCCUAAGCAAAUUGCAUCUCUACUGCUCCUUGCUCACACUCAUAAAAACUUUGCUUCCGUAUUGAGAGGCAUUUGAUCCAGAUAUCAUUUGAAAUUUAGCAGGAAGGGUUUUUCUUAAGUUUCUUGUGCUUGCAUGGUCAGCUAUUCAGCUUAAAAUGUCCCGUGUCAAGCAAAUAGCUAACUGAAUGCCACUCAGUAUAAGCUGUAAUUAAAAUAAUGUACUCUUGAUGCCUAAAAUCAAAAGAUUUAUAUUUAUUGUGUACCUGACAUAGCACACACGGUGGAUUCCAUACACUACAGGAUAGGUUUUAUGAAUUAGAUGCCUGCCUUGCACUUUUUAGCCAUCAACAACAACAACAAAAUGAGGUAACAGCAAACCAACCAAUGCUCUCUAGUUCCCUUGCUUAUGGGUUCUGCUCCUUGAGAACUAACAGGCACUGUAAGUGAGACUGCUUGGAAUCUAUUUCCUGAAUGUUUCUGCCUCCCGAGGCAGGUAGUUUUGGUUGGUGAGGAGUGGUAUUUGUUGCAGAGACAGAACCUCAUAUGAAAAUGUAAAUCUUGAUGGUUUGGAGCAGAAAUUGACUUUUCUAACAUUGCCAGAAACACUGAACACUCUGUUUGUUGCCUGGUGAAGACUGCUUCGGCUGUACUGGUGUCUCUUUGUGUGUGGAGAUGCACGCUGUGUUUUUCUGCAUGGGUCCAGGUCUGUUUCUGCUCAAUUUGCCUAAGUAUGUUCCCGCAGUGGUGUAGCCAGAACCUUUGGUCAAGAUGCCUCAGUCGGAACAGCUGCGUGUAGCAGUUUGGAUGGAGCCGCUUUCAAGCGUCUCCCAACAGAAGCUGGUCUCCUGACAGCUGGACUGAACUUUUCGAUAGCUGCAGAUUGUACAUCGACUGCAACGUCAAGCUGGUGACAAAGGAAUGUAUCUGGCAUCAUGUCAUAAACAUAGAAAAAUCCUGGGAAGAGCCAAACCACAAUCUUCCUUGGAAGAGGAACUGCACUCCUUCAGAUGUAGCUAGCCUGCGGAGGUCAAUGACCCUGGAGAAUGUAAAAGUUCAGGUGGGGAUAAGUUUGUCUUGUUUAUCUGAAAUCUGUCACUAUGCAGGGAGUUAGGUUUCAGAGUCUGUGGACAUGCAGCGAGGAAAUACCUAAGGAAACUGAGACCUGUCCUAGCCGUGUCUCAGUUUAUUUUACGGAUUCCGGACUGUGGAACACACAACCAAAUGUGAGAUGGGCUAGAUGCUAAUCACUAGGCUGUGGGAAAGCAAUACAUUUUUGUAAUACGUGUGGUCAGUUGUCUCACAUAAGCGUAGGUAAGUGUGCAACAAAUUUUGCACAAUAGGCUAUUUUAAAUAUUCUGGGAACCAGGCCCCUUUUCUCUGGGGCAACAACAGGUCACUGAGUCCGUGUUUGGGUGCAAUACAAAUGAACACAGUUGGGGUUCACCUUUCACUUAGGGAUUUGCAGCACUGUAGUGUGGUAUAAUGCUCUAAGACAUGUUAGGCUGUUUAUUUUUAGCACUGAAGGAAAAUUAGAAGUGGAUAAUUCCUUAAAGAAACUGGGGAAACUCAGACUAAU